GAAAUUGACUGGAAAAUGGCCGAAUUUUGGUAUGAUAAUGACCGAAGAGGGUGUUUUGGCAAUGUGUAACUCUACAAAGGAUGUGCGGAUAUGGAAUCUGAACAGCGAAGAUAAUGGCACAAUUUCAUUGCGAACCUCAAAAGGCUUCUCAGCUGGUGAUUGCGUUAUGUGCAUCUCGUAUUCAGCACGAAAAGGAUGCCUCUCCGGUGGUACUUCAGAUGGGAAAGUGGCCACUUGGAAGCGUCGACGUGAACGUGGGAGCGAUACGGACAGCAUCGAAGAGGAAUGGAAGCUUCAGGAAGCUGUCGAUAUUGGCACUCAGGUGGUGAUGGUACGUUGGGCGAACACUUGCAAUUCGCUGGCCGUUUCGACGGGAUUCGCAGUGACAAUUCUGAAGGAGCAACCGAUCCUGUCGUGUAUGGGCGAGAAUUUGGUCGCAAUUCAAACCGGCAAUAUGAGUUUGUCAUUGGUGCGACUGAAACCAAUUGCCGAGCAACAGGAGGUGAAGUUGACGAUCUCAGUGAAGGGUAUUUUCGUCGGUGAGAAGCAGUUCGCUGUAUGGAAUCAUGAACAGGUGAAGCUUUUUGCUGAGGCCAUGUGCAGUGGGCGUGGCAUGCGCGAGCGUGCUUGCGUGCGACCCCCCCCCCCCCNAAGUAAAAAAAGUUCCUCCCCAACAAUGUUUGCCUCCGAGCGCAAUGCCAAAUUUCAGAUUUUCAUCUAUGAUGUUCUCGACUCGAACAAUGCUCCGUUAAAAGCACACGUAGCGUCGAGUUUUGCGUGUGUUGUCUCCGGAGUGGGUAUUUUCGAACAGAAUGUCUACUGCUUGGAGGCAGAUAGAAUAAAUGUUCGAACCAUGCAAGGUACAAUAAAACAAACUUUAUCGAUGCCUGAAAUGGAGGGUGAUGCACAUUUAAUUGAUAUACGCAAAUGGUGGCUAUGCGUUGCCACCUCGAACGAGUUUUUCAGAGAGGCCAAACAACAAUAUCAUUCCAAGUAUGUGGUUGAAUCGAUCGACGGAUUUCAUCGGUUUCUAAUGGUGAAACUAAAUAAUGACGGAACUCGUGUUAGUUUCACGUGUACAGUCGGCACUUCUAAAGAGGUACAGUACUCAUGCUUGAGCGUUUGGGAUGCAGAAUCGGACACAAUCGCGUUUUUCAAUUUCGCCACCGGUAUGACCGAUCAGCAACAGUACGAGGCUGAAGCGGACGCGGCGCUUGCGCUCGGUCAACGACCCAUGACGGCGGCUGUCAGGAAGAUCGAAAAAGAGCAAUCUAGAUAUCGUAUGGUUGAGCAUACGCCCGGCGUACAUUGUUGGGAUGCGGAAGAUCCCAGAUUUCUCAUCUGCGAGGCGAACCAUCGUAACUCUGAUCUGGGUCCGAACUACUUGCUGAGUAUGUUCGUCACUUCAGAGCACGGUCUCCAAAUGCAAGACGUCCAACCACGCUCGGCAAAAUGCGAGGCACUGUUUGGGGUGGCAGUACCGUUUCUGUAUUUCAUCAGAAAGGUGCGUAAAUGGAAGUUUUUUUUGCAGCAGCAGAAAACUGCAAGUGCGGAAAAUUUUUUGUCGAUUAGUGCUAACAAAUUUCAGACAGAUAACGAUGACGAAGAUAGUGAUUACGAGAAGACAUUAGGACGUUUGCUGCUUCGAAAGGUAUUGCGUGAGUUUGUGGGCUUGGAGGAUUCAGACAAGCAAACAAAGGAGGCAAUGUUGAAUUUCUCAUUUUAUCUGAGCGUUGGUCGAAUGGACGAGGCUUUUAAAGCAAUCAAAUUCAUCAGGAGUGAAAGUGUUUGGGAGCAUAUGGCGCAAAUGUGCGUUAAAACACGGCGUCUGGAUGUGGCUUUGGUGUGUUUGGGCAAUAUGGGUCAUGCACGCGGCGCACGCGCGCUGCGCAAGACGAUACGCAGCGGGGCGCCAGAAGAGGUGCAGGUGGCCACGCUGGCCGUACAGCUUGGCCUGCUGGUAGGUAGGUUGAGAUUUGCGUAUGCGCAACAGAUCGGUGGCGAUUCACCGAAGUGGAGUUAUUCGCCGGGUGGUAGUACAUUCUGCGGUGUGGAGAGACUUAGAAAUAGGGCACUUUAUUACUUUGGGGAGUCGCACGCAAGCACGCUCGCACGUGCCACGCACUGCGCAAUGGCCUCAGCCAGUAGGUGUGGCUUCGGUCCAUGUGAAAGCGUCGUUCGUAGUGUGCGAGCGUAUGUUUUUAUCAUUGAUGAGGCGAGGUCGUUGUUCGCUUCGUGUGGUCGUCACGAUCUGGUGAAUCGUGUGCUGCAGUCGCAGAAUCGUUGGGAUCAGGUGGUUGUUCCGCUACAGGCAUUCGAAAUCGCGGAAUGCAACGAUCGGAUUCAUUUGCGGAAUACGUAUUUCUCGUACGGCAAAUAUUUGGAAUCGUUGGGCGCCACCGAAGCCGCUAUCGACAAUUACGAGAAAUCCGAUACACAACGAUUUGAGGUACCACGCAUGCUCUUUGAUGAUCCGAAAGUGCUGGAAGCGUACGUGCGCAAACGACGUGAUCCGAAUCUACAACGAUGGUGGGCUCAAUAUUUGGAGAGUAUCGGCAAUUUGGACGGUGCACAAAGUUUUUAUCAGGCAUCCAAGGACUAUCUGUCUGUUAUGCGAUUGUUGUGCUAUAAGAAAGCGUCGUCGGAGGCAACAGAGUUGGCCAACAAAACUGGUGAUAAGGCGGCUUGCUAUCAUUUAGCGAGAUAUUUCGAAGCCGAAAACGACAUGAGCCGAGCGGUGGAAUUCUUCAGUAAAGCUCACGCGUACAGCAGCGCUAUUCGGCUGGCAAAGGAGCAUAACAUGAAAGAGAAGCUGGCAAAUUUGGCUUUAAUGGUCGGUGGAAGUGAACUGGUGGAGGCAGCGCGAUACUAUGAGGAUCUACCCGGGCAGGCGGAUAAGGCUGUGAUGCUCUACCAUAAGGCGGGCAUGAUCGGUAGGGCGUUGGAUUUGGCGUUUCGCACCGAACAGUUCGGUGCACUCGACCUAAUCGCCAAGGAUUUGCACGAACGUUCGGACGCACGAGUGUUGCAGCGGGCGGCCGAGUUCUUCAUCAGUAAUCAACAAUACGAGAAGGCCGUCGAACUUCUUGCUUAUGCUAAAAAUUACGCAGAUGCUAUCGAGCUGUGUCGCAAGAAGAACGUUCCGGUUACGGAAAAAAUGGCCGAGAUAUUGACCCCGUCGAAGGUUCGUUGCCUUAGGCGUUACAUGCGGUUUCAUCUAUCGCUGACGAUUUACAGGCUCCAGAUGAUCAGCAACGGUGCCUUUAGGAGAGUGCUGCACUUACUUCGGCACCAUUAUAAAAGUGGUGUUAAAUUUUCAGAAAUCGUUUCGAACCCUGCCGAACGCAAUGAGCUGUUGCAGCAAAUCGCCGAGUGUUGCGUGCAGCAGCGCAAUUAUCAUUUUGCAGCCAAAAAGUACACGCAAGCCGGCAACAUGCUUCAGGCUAUGCGUUCGUUGUUAAAGUCAGGUGAUACGGAACGAAUUGUGUUCUUCGCGCGCAAGGCGCGCAAUCGCGAAAUAUACAUUUUGGCAGCCAAUUUCUUACAGACGCUCAACUGGAAAUCUGAUGCCAAUCUAAUGAAGCACAUUGAGACGUUUUACGUUAAAGCAAACGCAUUCGAGCAUUUAGCGAGUUUCUAUGAGGCUUGCGCUCAGGUCGAGAUCGAUGAUUAUCGUGACUACAGUAAGGCGGUUGCAGCGUUUGGUGAGGCACAGCGUUGCAUUGGAAGGGCGCUGCAAAAUGACACCAAAAAUGAGGUUCAUCUUAACGCGAAACUUGCUGAGUUGAGUCAUACGAUGGCCAAUAUCAAGAAAUUUAUCGGGAUUCGAACGUGGGUUUUUUUUUUU